GCGCGUCUACCGAUUCUCCGCUGCUAUUGGUUGAGGCGGAAAAGGGGCUGGAACCUCGUCUGUGAUCCUCUCAUCCAGGAGCGAUGCGGAGACAAUAGGACUGGAGCUAGAGUGGUCCGCUGAGCAAUGCGAAUUUACCGCUACACCGGCUGUCAAUAGCACGAUAAGAGCCCUCGUAUGUUGGAUGGAUUGAAUGUGAUACAAGCCGUUAGCCACCUCUCCAGUCCUGCCCGUGUGUCAGUCCCCUAAACCCGUCACGUGUUCCUGUCCGUCCCUUAACCCUAUCCCUUAGUCCACCCCCUGACCUGGUCCCCAGUAUGAGUUCUUCUCCGCUGGGUUCCCGUGGCAACAUGGACAUUCUGGAGGAACUGCAGCUGAUCGCAGCCCAGAACCUGGAGAUGCUAGAGAUCAACAAGUACUAUGAUGUCAUCAGGGAGCUGGGCAAGGGCACCUACGGCAAGGUAGACCUGGUCAUACACAAGAUCAGAGGUACCAAGAUGGCCCUGAAGUUCCUGAGGAAGAAGACGACCAAGCUGAAGUCGUUCCUGAGGGAGUACAGCAUCUCUCUCUACCUCUCGCCCUGUCCCUUCAUCAUUAACAUGUUUGGGAUCGCCUUCGAGACUGACGACUACUACGUGUUUGCCCAGGAGUAUGCCCUGUCCGGGGAUCUCUUCGACAUCAUCCCUCCACAGGUUGGUCUCCCGGAGACAGUUGCUAAGCGCUGUGUGCACCAGGUUGCCAUCGCCCUGGACUACCUUCACUGUAAGAAGUUGGUGCACCGAGACAUCAAGCCUGAGAACAUCCUCAUCUUCGACCGCGAGUGCCACAAGGUCAAAUUGUCCGACUUCGGCAUGACACGCCGCGCUGGCUCGCCGGUCAAACGUGUGAGCGGUACCAUUCCGUACACGGCUCCGGAGCUGUGCGACGCGUCUCGCCACGAGGGUUUCUGCGUGGACUACAGCACAGAUGUGUGGGCCUUUGGCGUCCUUCUUUUUUGCAUGCUGACCGGUAACUUCCCCUGGGAGAAGGCCCUGCCCUCCGACUCCUUCUACCAGGAGUUCACACGCUGGCAGAGGCGCCGCACGGGCUCCGUACCCUCGCAGUGGCGCCGCUUCACAGAGCAGGCCCUCCGCAUGUUCCGCAGGCUCCUCUCUGUGGAGCAGGACCGACGCUGCUCUGUCAAAGAGGUGUUUGGCUACUUUAGCCACAGCUGGAUGCUGGAUGGAGACAGCAACGGGAAUGGAGGAGGGGGUGGAGAGAGAGAGAGGGAGAGAGGAGGAGGGGUGAGGGUGGAGGGGGAAGGUAGCAGUACGUCGUCCUCGUCCGGGGAGGACGAUGAAGACAUGCUGGUGGAGAGGAUGAAACAGCAGACUCUGUCUCCUCUCUCUCCUGUGUCUGUGGAGAGGGGGACUGGGGGGACGAAGGCAGGGAUGAUGGAAUCAGGUGGUGGACACCAUUUUGUUUCUGUUUCCACCACCAGCUCAGUAUCCUCUACUAACAGCUAUGAACGCAUGCCCAGAGACAGCAUCAGCAACAACAACCGGCCCCCAGGACGCAUGCUGGUGGCUACACCUAUAGAGAUCUGUGUCUGAGAGAUGUAUGUGCGAGACGGGCCUGAGAAGGACUGAAAUACUGCGUACAGACACCUACACUCAUAUACACACACACAUAUUCAUACAUACAUACAUUCGGAAAGUAUUCAGACCCCUUUACUUUUUCUACAUUUUGUUACGUUACAGCCUAAUUCUAAAAUUGAUUAAAUAGUUUUUUCCCUCAUCAAUCUACGCACAAUACCCCAUAAUGACAAAGCAAAAAAACGAUUUUGGAAAUUUUGGGGAAAUGUAUUAAAAAUGAAAAACUGAAAUAUCACAUUUACAUAAUU